UCUCACCACCAAAAUAAAGAUAGUAUUACUAAGCUUUUCAAACGAAAUUUCUGUUUACUUCUGAUUUCUAAGAUGGGCAACAAUACCUGCUUUAUUUUACUAAUAACUUUUUCAUACUUAACGGCUAUUGCGAUAGCACGACCGCAGCGUUCGGGCACUUCAUGCGGUCCAAAUGCGCAAUUUACAACUUGCGGCAUCGCUUGCCCGGCUAAAUGCAGUGAUAAUCCCUUGUUGGGCACGAUUUGCACGGCACAGUGCGUCGUCGGCUGCCAAUGCAAUUUCGGAUAUCUGCUGAACAAUGCUGGCGAAUGUGUGACGAGAAGUCAAUGUUAACCGAAAUUUGGUUAUAUUAAAUAUGCGAACAUUUUUUAUUUUUAAAUGUUGUAUCCAUGGUUUAUAAUACUUUCUUAAAGAGAUUGCAUACGACUUCAUAUUUCAAAUAAAAAAAUUGAAAAACGAA